AUGCGCGUCAUUGCCGUGAUCGUGGCUGUUAGCGGAGCCUGGCCGGGCGGCAAACCCGGGUGUAUCCUGUAUAUGUACGUGCAGUUUGUCAUCACGCAGAUCCCGGUGUUGCUGCACGUCCUCAUUUCGGUGAAUCGACUGUGGGCUUUUCAGUAUCCCCACUCGUACCGGCGACACCACAGCCAAAAGACGGCGGCAUUGCUGUGUCUGACAACUGUGGCCUACGUCCAUCUUGUGCACUUUCUUCUCUUUUUGCUGGAAUUUUUCUACUACAGUCCGCCCGAUAGCCACAACAGCUGUCAACCCAGCGGAGGGAUUAUGGAGUGGCGACGCGCGGAUAUCGUACUACACCGAUUUGUUCCCCUGCUGCUAGUGAUCGGAAUUUAUGUUUACGUGUUGAUAAGACGAUGGAAAAACAAACACGCAAUCAACGUUGACUUUAUCGCUGGGGCGAAUCGUGGGGUCGAUGGCAGUAAGACCGGAGAAAGCGUCACGGGUCUGCGAAGAUCUUGCCGACUGAGAGGAAAACGUUCAGGUGCAACUCAACGAAAGGUCAAACCGUUUCUAGUGCUGUCGAUUACAUCGCUUAGCGUAAUAAUCUGCUGGCUGCCGGCGGAUGUCUACUGGGCGAUGCUCUACGCCGGCAUCCGAAUGCCGGUUUGGGCAUUUAACGUCAGCAUUAUUCUGACGUCUCUGCAAACCAUUUUUGACCCGGUCAUGUGGCUUGUCAGUCUAAAGUAG